ACCUGAGAAAAAGUUAAGCACAUUAAAGGAGUGCUCAGUUGUGGUAUAUUGUUGUUUUAUACCACCAGGCAACUACUAGUAGGCCAUACAAAGACUACUAUUUUAAAAUAACUUAUUUUUUUACAUUUGGGUUAAAGGAAAGUUGUGAUAAAUCUCAGUGCAUUUUUUAGUUAAAUUCGUCUGAACUAGCAUUUAUAUAUGUAGACAUAUAAAAUAUGCUAAAAGUUGUUUUCAUGUUAGCUGUGAAAGCUGUCAAAUGUUACACUUCCUGUUUCCUCCAGCCAGCACUGUAGGGGCUCCGCGGUGCAUUGUGGGAGUAAAAACAGACUGUCGGGGGACACAAAGGACCGAAACGAGAAUAUUUGCAAGUCUGGGGUCGAUUGACUGGUGAUGCGGGUGGUCGUGAACAGUAACUAAAGCUGUCUCGAGGCCGCUGGGCGGCUGGCAUCCGCAGGAAGCGCGCGGGGAAUGAGACCACGCGCAGCGGAGCGACGCCGCUGCUUCUCCCGCUGAGCAUUGCCCGCGGAGCCGUUGGUCACCCGAGGCCCGGCCGCUACCGCACGCCUCGCACCUGAACGAGUUGUCGUCUGUAAAGAGACUCCAGCAUGGGGGCCAAAACCUUCACCCACAGUUCUGCCUCCCACAGCCAGGAGAUGCUGGAGAAGCUCAACGCCCUGCGGAAUGAGGGGCACCUGUGUGACGUCACCAUCAGGGUCCAGGACAAGCUCUUCCUGGCUCACAAAGUGGUCCUGGCCUGCUGCAGCGAGUUCUUCCGCUCCAAGCUGGUGGGCCGACCUGACGAGGAGGACAAAUUUGUGUUGGACCUCCAUCAUGUUACCGUCAGCGGGUUUGCGCCGCUGCUGGAGUAUGCGUACACCUCCACCCUCUCCAUCAGCACGGAGAACAUCAUCGACGUCCUGGCAGCUGCCAGCUACAUGCAGAUGUUCGCGGUGGCCAGCACGUGCUCCGAGUUCAUGAAGUCCAGCAUUCUGUGGAGCCCGUCCAACAACAGCAACAACAACAACAACAUCACUACAGAGAAGCCACAUGAGUCCGCUCCGGAGAGCGCCUCGUCAAACUGCGCUCUGACGCCACUGGACGGCAGCGUGUCUCCUGUGUCCUCGGACUGCAGCGUGAUGGAGAGAAACGUUCCCGUGUGCCGCGAGUCACGGCGGAAACGCAAAAGCUUUGUGACCAUGGCGUCGCCCGAGAGUCCUCUCAAAUGCACCACGCAGAUGGUCACCACGUCCCCCCAGAUCCCCAACCCGUCCCCGUCUUUUUCGGAUGGCACAGCACAGCCCGUGGAGUCUUCCCUCGCCUUUCCCUGGACUUUCCCCUUUGGCAUCGACCGUCGGUUCCACUCUGACAAGUCCAAGCACUCAGAAAGCCCUCGCUGUCUGGAGCAGGGCAACUCUGCCGGCUCAGAGGUGGUGGUCAGCCGCCGGCUGACUGACUUCCUGUCUUGCGAGAGCUCCAAAGUCGUGUCCUCCCCCACAGCAGCAGAGGAGGAGGAUGUCCGCGUGAAGGUGGAGCGUCUGAGUGACGAGGAGGUCCAGGAGGCAUCAUCGCAGCCGGUCAGCGCCUCCCAGAGCUCGCUGAGUGACCAGCAGACGGUUCCGGGGAGUGAGCAGGUCCAAGAAGAGCUCCUCAUCAGUCCGCAGUCGUCUUCUAUAGGUUCAAUGGAUGAGGGUGUGUCGGAGGGCUUACCGUCGAUGCAGGGCACCUCGAACGCUGGAGGACACGCAGAGGAUGACGAGAGGUUGGAAGGGAUUCAGUACCCGUAUCACCUGUAUAUAAGCCCGUCGGCUCGGCCUGGCACCAACGGCCCUGACCGGCCUUUUCAGUGUCCGACCUGCGGAGUCAGAUUCACACGCAUUCAAAACCUGAAGCAGCACAUGCUCAUACACUCGGGCAUUAAGCCCUUCCAAUGCGACCGCUGUGGGAAAAAGUUCACUCGGGCCUACUCCCUAAAGAUGCAUCGGCUGAAGCACGAAGGUAAACGCUGUUUCCGGUGCCAGAUUUGUAGCGCCACAUUCACGUCCUUCGGUGAAUAUAAGCACCACAUGAGGGUCUCCCGACACAUAAUCCGCAAGCCGCGGAUUUAUGAGUGCAAAACAUGCGGCGCCAUGUUCACCAACUCUGGCAAUUUAAUUGUACACCUGAGGAGUCUGAACCAUGAGGCGUCCGAGCUAGCAAACUACUUCCAGAGCAGUGAUUUCCUCGUGCCCGACUACCUGAGCCAGGUACAGGAGGAGGAGGAGGCGCUGGGAGUCCAGUAUGAACUGGAGGAGUCUCAGCAUCACCACGCCUUCCCGGGCAGCUCCUCCGCCGCCGCUACCUCCACUGCCACCUCGUCCUCCUCCUCGGUCCAGCUGCCCGUCAUCUCCCAGGUCUCGUCCUCCACCCAGAUCAGCGAGACCUCCUCCGGCUUCCUGUCACCCGAAGCCCUGGACCCUCUAGAGGCCUCGGCUGUCCUCAAGGCGCACACAGCCGGGACGGCGGGCAUGACGGUGGAGACCAAGCUGGAUGAGGGCGCGGCAUGCAGCUCCCCGGAGGAGUCUGAGGAGGAUCUGCACUCUCACAGCAAGGAGGUGGCUUCCAUCACCAUUGAGUGAUUCAAGUCUUCUGCUUGCCUUUAGCACAGUCGUCAUAUGGGAUUAUCUGUUGAGCGGGAGGAGCCUCUGGACGUGGACACGCCUCCACCGACGGAGGUCCUCUAGAAUCUGAAGCACUUAUUUCUCUGAGACUCUGGACAGCAGGAUGGCUGUCCUUUUUCCCAUGGGACCUGAACGCAGCGCUAACUGACUGAACGUUGGUGGUGUGUUAAUUCCAAGCCUUGCUCUUCUUUGGAAAGUGCCUGAGAGUUCACCCUUCCAGCAGACGUGGAAGGGUUCGCUGAACGCGACAGACGGAGUCUGCAGACUGAACCCCGGAGACUCAUCUGUGGACUGAAUUCCAGAAACUGUUCUUACUUUGGUGCCGUGGUUAGCGGCAGCUCUGUUGUGUCCACGGUAUCUAUCCUGCAAUAGCUUGUACUGUAGAUCUGCUGUUGGGUGUCGUGAAACAUGAAGUGCCAGACGUGUGUGCAUUUCUAUGAUCAACACAUUUCAUUUUUAGACUUGGAAAACUUGAAACUUUAUCGACAGUGUUUCCUAAAGACGUUGGUGCCGUGACUCCUGUUUCUAACCUGUUUUUAACUUUGAGUGGAUUCAUAAAUGAUACAAUGUGACUUUGACAA